AAAAGGAAAAAACGCCGAUGUGCCACGCCAGAAAGUUACACUGUAUUUGAGCUGGAGGGUGAACUGCACCAGAAAACGCCGGCUUUUUUUCCGGGGGAACGCAAAAUCACACACACUCACACGCACUGAACACCCGCUGCUGCACCAACAAAAAAAAAAGUUCCCGGGACAAGCAGGGACAAGGGGACAGUGCCUGUCCUCCCUAUACCGAUCGGUUCGUGCCGCCUCUCCGACUGUACACGGCUCUGUGUGUGGCCGCUGUGUGUGUUUUGGCCCGCCGCGAUUAUUGACCGAGUCGCCCGGAGGGGGAGGUCACGAAAUGCCACUAUCAACUACGGGGCUUUGAUGGGCAACAAUAGUAGUAGCAGCAGCAGCAGCAACAACAGAGGCGACAGCAAGCGAAAUCGAGUGGCCGGAAAAUAGAAAAAAACAACAGCUUCCCGAGGCCGGCAUCGUCACCGAGCGGGCUUCCCGAGCCGGAACGUCUAGUCAUCAAACGGGCGAAACCGUAUCGUUAGGGGGAAGCGAAGCGGAAGCGAACGACCGGGCACCAAAGCCGCACUACCGGGCCGGCCGGCGAAUCGCGCAAGCAAGUGGUGCAGCCGAACAAGACUGGCCAGCUUCGCGAUGGAUCAAGUGACGAAACUACGCAUGAACCUGGAGAAGCAGGAAAGCCUCAUCAAGCUGGGCAUCCUGACGACAGCGGCUAUUCUGUCCUUCUCCACGCGCCUGUUCUCCGUCCUGCGGUUCGAGAGCGUCAUCCACGAGUUCGAUCCGUACUUUAACUACCGCACCACGAAGCAUCUGGCCGAGCAGGGCUUCUACAACUUCCACAACUGGUUCGACGAUCGCGCCUGGUACCCGCUCGGGCGCAUCAUCGGCGGCACCAUCUACCCGGGGCUGAUGGUGACGUCCGCCGUCCUGUACCGGCUGAUGUGGCUCGCCAACAUCACGGUCGACAUCCGGAACGUGUGCGUCUUUCUCGCGCCGUUCUUCUCCUCCCUCACCACGAUCGUGACGUACCUGCUGACGAAGGAGAUACACAGCAGCGGGGCCGGGCUGGUGGCCGGCGCCAUGAUCUCGAUCGUGCCGGGGUACAUCUCCCGGUCGGUCGCCGGCUCGUACGAUAACGAGGGCAUCGCGAUCUUCUGCAUGCUGCUGACGUACUACACCUGGAUCAAGGCGGUCAAGACCGGCGCGAUCCUGUGGGCGACGCUGGCCGCCCUCGCCUACUUCUACAUGGUGUCGUCCUGGGGCGGGUACGUGUUUCUCAUCAACCUGAUCCCGCUGCACGUGCUCGCGCUGAUGGCGACCGGGCGCUUCACGCACCGCGUCUACAUCGCGUACAGCACGCUCUACACGAUCGGCACCAUCCUGUCGAUGCAGAUCUCGUUCGUCGGCUUCCAGCCGGUCCAGAGCUCGGAGCACAUGCUGGCGUUCGGCGUGUUCGGGCUGUGCCAGCUGCACGCGUUCGUCGACUACGUGCGGUCGGCCGUGCCGAAGGAGCACUUCGACACGCUGUUCCAGGCGCUGAUCGUGACGAUCGCGUCGGUCGCGGCGCUGACCGGGCUCGCCCUCACCGUCACCGGGAAGAUAUCGCCCUGGACCGGGCGCUUCUACUCGCUGCUCGAUCCGUCCUACGCGAAGAACCACAUCCCGAUCAUUGCCUCCGUGUCCGAGCAUCAGCCGACGUCCUGGUCGUCCUUCUACUUCGAUCUGCAGAUACUGGUGUUCCUCUUUCCCGCCGGGCUCUACUUUUGCUUCUCCAAGCUGUCCGACGCGAACAUCUUCAUCAUCCUGUACGGCGUGACCAGCAUCUACUUUGCCGGCGUGAUGGUGCGCCUGAUGCUGGUGCUGGCCCCCGUCAUGUGCAUCCUGUCCGGCAUUGCCAUCUCGCACCUGCUGACCAAGUACAUCCGCAACAUGGAGGUGGGCGGGCCUGGGCUGGCGCCCGUGCCCGAGAACAGCAGCAACCGCAAGGCGAAGGCCCGGUACGAGCAGCAAUCGUCCGUGAAGAACGAGGUCGCGAUCGGGUUCGUGCUGCUGGUCACCUUCCUGCUCGUCACCUACACGUUCCACUGCACUUGGGUCACGUCAGAGGCGUACAGCUCGCCCAGCAUCGUGCUCAGUGCGCGGUCGCAGGACGGCGGCCGGAUCAUUUUCGACGACUUCCGCGAGGCGUACUACUGGCUGAAGAUGAACACUCCCGAGGAUGCACGUGUAAUGUCCUGGUGGGAUUAUGGCUACCAAAUCACGGCAAUGGCCAACCGUACGAUACUGGUGGACAACAACACCUGGAACAAUACGCACAUUUCGCGCGUCGGCCAAGCGAUGGCAUCGACCGAGGAGAAGGCGUACGAAAUCAUGAAGGAGCUGGACGUCGACUACGUGCUGGUCAUAUUCGGUGGGCUGACGGGCUACUCGUCUGAUGACAUCAACAAGUUCCUGUGGAUGGUGCGCAUCGGCGGCAGCACGGACCGGGGCGCCCACAUCAAGGAGAUGGACUAUUACGCGCCGAGCGGGGACUUCCGGAUCGACAAGGAGGGUUCGCCGGUGCUGCUCAACUGUCUGAUGUACAAGAUGUGCUACUACCGGUUCGGGCAGGUCUACACCGAGGGUGGCAAAGCGCCCGGGUACGACCGGGUCCGGGGUGCCGAGAUCGGCAACAAGGACUUUGAGCUGGAUGUGCUCGAGGAGGCGUACACGACCGAACACUGGCUGGUGCGAAUCUACAAGGUGAAGGAUCUCAGCAACCGUGGUGUCUAAUUGGCUGCAACAACAGCAACAACCCUUCGCUUUAUGUCGAUUUGCUCGAGUCGGGUUGCGUAGUCAUACAACUCCCCCUACUUAACAUUACUUCUUCUUCUUCUCUCUAUUAACGAUCGGAUUGCAUCCCAGCCGUAAGUUGAAUAUGUUUCCCUACAAAAGCAUACACCCACCCCACACAACACCUCAUUUACGACCGCUGCCUUAAACGAUGCAAACAAACAAACAAACAAAACACACACACACACACACACACACAGGGGACAGUUUAUUGAAUUGAAGGAUUCUAUUUUGUUAAUUCUGUAUUGUAAGAAUUUUCCUUUUUUUUCUAUGGUUUAUUGCAACACUCCGGCAGUUGAUAUUGUACGCGAGAUUGAAUGCAUUUAUUAGUUUUGAUCAUGAUCAUACCAGUGGUUUAGGGCCUCCCUCCCGGAAAUUAGGGCCAACGCACCGCACACGCCCACGGUUCGACGUGUGGCCAAUGGAAUUAGUCUGCGCGACCGUUUGAAACGCACAACGCGAUUUGGCCGCCCAUCCCGGUCAGUAGAGCACAGUGUUACCCCACUCAAAUAAGGACUCGGCAUUAACAGGGAGUUUUUUUUGCUUUAGUUUAAUUAGGACACCAUUCCACAAAACACAUACACACACAUACAGACGAAAAAAAAAACCAUCCACAAACAGAGCAAGAACAAAGCACGAGAGCAAUAGG